AUUUAUUCUAAGAACACUUAAUAUUCGUGCAACCCAAUGGACACUCAGCAGAUUCACGGCGAUUGAAUUACGAAAUAACCGCCUCAUGUGAGGCCUCUCAAGGUUGUUUAGACAAAACGACGGCGGCGGCUUUGAGUGGAUUUGGCUUUUUUGCCGUGUUAUUUACCGUCCCAUUGGCAGUUCAGAAAUAUUCAAGAUAUUCAACCAUCUUGAUGUUUCAUGAUCAAGUAGGCAUUUUCAGCUGAUCUCUCCCAAUUCUUCACUUAACAUACUAUGUACUCAAGGCUCGCUACUUAUUGGAGAAACCAAGGAAUAUUUUCACAACAUCGUUUAUGUUUCUAUUCGUCUAAUCAUCCCAAGCAACCACCAACGUACAACGAGGUUAACAUAUUGAUGAUCGAUCGGAAUCUUCAGAAGGUCCUCUUUGAUUGUCAAAAAUACGACUAUCAAAAGGCUUCAUUUGAAAUACUCCAAGAGUUCUGUCGCCUGGGAAUUGACAUUACAUCUAAUAGACACUACAAAAAUCCGCUUUAUUUUAGUAUUCCUGAUCUUAGUGGAAGCAAUGUUAAAGAACAUUUAGACUCAGUUGCAAAAGAGCUUUCUCAUCCUUAUAUGAAAUUGUUAGAGAGUUUUGGUUCCCCACCAGAACUACCUAAGAUUUGGGAAUCCUCGUCUGGAUGGACAAAAUAUAGCGGUGACAAAACAUAUUCAGUCGAGGCACCACUUGAAGAUGCUCUUGUUUUUGAUACAGAAGUUCUUGUUAAAGAAGGACACAUACCAACAAUGGCAGUGGCUCUUACGUCGGACGGGUGGUAUUCUUGGACUUCAAAACGUCUUUCUGUUUACGAUGAUAAUUGCUCAAAUGAUAUCAACGCAUUUAAUUCUCUUAUUCCUAUCUAUGGUUCAAAAAAUAAAGAUAUUUCAAAGUGUGUUAUUGGACAUUUUGUUAGUUAUGAUCGUGCUAGAAUAUUGGAAGAGUAUCUUCUGGAUGGAACUGGAAUUCGAUUUGUGGAUACUCUUUCUCUUCAUGUUGCUGUAUCGGGUUUGACCAGUACUCAAAGGUUCCUUAAAACAUCUGCAGACAAACAUCUAUUUAACAACAAGACGUGGCAAGAGUUUAUCGGAAGGAAGAGUGAUAGACAACCACUAGAUAGAAAGCCUAAUACAGAAGCUCUUGUUAUGGAUCUCGAUUGGCUUUCAGAAACUAGUUUAAACAGUUUACCUGAUAUUUAUCGUUUGUAUUGUAAAAAAGAACCACCACAAGACAAACAAUUGAGAUCGAUUUUCGAAUCUGGAACUAUUGAAGAUGUUCGUACAAAUUUUCAGGAAUUGUUCAAAUACUGCGCCGUGGAUGUACUUAUGACGUAUGAAAUAAUACAAGUUUUGUGGCCUAUAUUUAAAGAAAGAUUUCCACAUCCCGCAACAUUUUGUGGAUUACUAGAAAUGAGUAGUAUGUAUUUACCAAUUAAUGAUAAUUGGAUUAAAUUUCAAGAAAAAGCAGAAUCAUCAUAUACGGAAAAUAUAUUACGACAGAAAAAAUUAUUGAUGCAAUUAGCUGAUCAAGCAUUGGCUAAAUAUUCUAAUAAUCAAGAGUAUAAAAAUGAUCCAUGGUUGUGGGAUUUGGAUUGGUCUAGACCCAAAGUCAAAUGUAAGACUGAAGUUGAUGAAAAGGUGUCUCGUCUUCCUAAAUGGUAUAGAGAUUUAAUUCCAAAACCAGUUAAAGAUAAUUUAGACGCUGGACCAGCUUUAUUGACUGCUCAAAUGCGUAUUGCACCAAAACUAUUAAAACUCUGUUGGCAAGGUCUGCCGUUGCAUUAUGAUCGAGUGCUCAAAUGGGGUGUUCUCAUACCUGGACGUAUUCCACAACCCUACGGUGAUCCACGAUAUUACAUUGAAUCAUUUAAAAAUACAGAGAAUACAGAAUGUAUUAAUUCUAAUGAUGCAGAAAAAUGUUCUACAAACUCUAAUGUUGUGUGUCAUUAUGAUUCAUUAAUUCGUCCAAUUAUAUCUGUUGUCAAGUCAACAGCUGCUGGUGAUGAAACGCUCGACUUUCCCUAUGGAGCUUAUUUAAAUUAUUGGUUAGCUGAUGUAAAACGUCGUCUGUUAGCAGAUUUUCAAUUAAACGAAUCUACAUCGUCAAGUGAUAACUUUUCAGAUAGUUUAGCAGUUGCUUAUUCUCAUCGUAUAAAACCAGAUAUUCGUGAUGCUAAUUUGUUAGAUGAAUUAAAACGUAGCAUUGAAGUUAUGCCGUUGGAAAAAGAGGAACGUCAACGACUGGCGUCUACAAUAAGUACUAUACGUAAAUUAGGUGAACAAAAACGAUUUCAAAUGGAUUCCAAAUUACAGAAAAUAAACAAUAAUAAUCACAAUGAAUUGAUUUAUGAGAAAGUGGGUGAAUUACAGGCUCAAGGUUCAGCUUUCUGGUUAAACUCCAAUCGGUUCGAUCAAAAUUCUCCGAACUAUUCUUCAAAAUAUCGACGGCGUAAUACCGUCCGAUAUGCAGUCGACACUGUAAAUCCUGUUAUACCGACAUGUUGGUUUAAACAUCUUCCUCAUGAGUCAGGUACUGGACUUCCUGUCGGUUCACCACUUUCUCGUUCAUUUCAAAGUCAUAUUGCAUCUCAACGUUUACACAGUGCAGAUUUUAAUCCUACUGAUACAAUUUCAGUGAAUACUGAAACAAUAAAAUUAAAGCCAGUUAUGGGGUUAGCUGAUCGUUUGCUUCAUGAUCGUGUUCAUGCUACAUUUUGGCAAAGUUAUUCAAAACGUAUUAAAUCUCAGAUGGCUAUUUGGUUACCACAUGAUCGACUAUCAAAAAAUGUUUUAAAUGAUCAAUUGUAUAAUUGUAAAGCAAACUACGGAGCUAUUCUACCUCAAGUUAUAACCUGUGGUACAGUGUCUAGAAGAGCUGUUGAACCAUUAUGGUUAACUGCUAGUAAUGCUGAUGAAAAUCGAUUAGGAAGUGAAAUCAAAGCUAUGGUUCAAUCACCUCCUGGUUAUGUUUUUGUUGGGGCUGAUGUCGAUUCACAAGAAAUGUGGAUCGCUGCUUUAAUUGGUGAUGCAGGUGUUGGUUUCCAAGGCUCAACUCCAUAUGGUUGGAUGACACUACAAGGCAAUAAACUUGAUGGAACUGAUUUACAUACAAAAAUAGCUAAAGAAAUGGGUAUUAAACGAAGUGAAUCGAAGGUGUUGAAUUAUUCUAGACUAUAUGGUUCAGGCAUUGAAUUUGCAUCGCAUUUAUUAGCAAAAUUCUGCAAUAUUACUCCAGAACAAGCUAGUUUGAAAGCAAAGCAACUUUUUCAAAUUACUAAAGGACGCCGAACUAUUGUGGACUCUUCUUUGCCUUCCGGAGAUGGUACUUCAUUAUCAACAUCUAAAUGGCAAGGUGGAAGUGAAUCAGCUGUAUUCAAUCAGUUGGAAUCAAUUGCUCGUAGUCCAGAGCCUCGUACACCAUUUUUAAAUGCACAACUAACUCGUGCAUUGAAUCCGAAACUUGUUAAAGAUGAUUUUUUACCAAGUCGUGUAAAUUGGGUUGUACAAAGUUCUGCUGUUGAUUAUUUACAUUGUAUGCUUGUUUUAAUGCGUUGGCUUAUAAAUAAAUUUAAAAUUCCUGCACGUUUAUGUAUAAGUAUUCAUGAUGAAUUGCGAUAUAUUUGUCCAAAAUCACAUAUGUAUCAAGUUGCGUUGGCUUUGCAAAUUAGCAAUCUACUGACAAGGACAUUCUUCGCCUAUCAAUUAGGCAUGCGCGAUCUACCAGAAGUAAGUUUCUUUUCUUAAUACUGACUUUUUCACCAAUUGUUCAACUUUAAAAUAUUAUUAUGCUAUUAUUAAAUAAAUGAUAAUUGCUAUGAGCAUGACAGUGAUAGAAUUAAAACUGAAUAUGUUACACCAUUAAUUCGCUCACACACGAACAGAUGAUAUUGUCGUUAAAGUAGGAAGACUGAUAGAAUGAGUUCGUUUUCUUAAUAUUUACUUAUCUUGUUUUUUAUUCAUUGUACCUAGAGUUGAACUGCGUUACGUAAGAUAAUAUACCUAAUAAUGUAAUAUAUAAUAUAUUUUUUAAAUUGCGCAAUCUAGUUUCGUAACUCUUUUUUAAUUUUGACUCAUGCAAUAGAUUUUACACGCCUUAUUUACAAUGUGAAUGAAUAAAUUUGAAAAAUAACUUGAAAUAUCAUCAGUAUUGUGAGCUGUUGUUUUUAAUCAUUGAUCUUCAUUUCAUCAUCAACUCCUAUAUUUAUAAAGACUUUUACCUGUAAAUCAUAAUUGAAAUUUGUCUUCUCCUUUAAAUUUUCAUCAGUUUUGAGUAUCCCAUUGGUCAAACUAACCUAAUCAUCGUUGUUCUUUAUAGAUAGGUGUUUUAUCAUAAUCUUGUUAGUAUAAAUAUGUAAAAUAUUCUCUACACUUUUGAUUUCUAGUAGUUUCUAAUUUUUUUUGGAAAUUUUAGUAUUUGAGUUUGAUCAUAAUUUUUUUUCUUUCAGCGUUUACUUUUCACUAAUACUCUCUUUAAUUUUUUUUCUUAUCUGUUGUUUUCUGUCAGUCAGUAGCAUUUUUCAGUUCAGUUGAAGUUGAUACCUGCAUUCGUAAAGAGGCCAAAGAUGAUUGUGUUACUCCAUCGAAUUCCGGUGGUUUGCAGAACGAUUAUGGAGUAUCUCCGGGUCAGUCGUUAACAAUGCAAGAUAUUCUUGACAGAACUGGAGGAUCUAUGAAUUUGUAAUUUAGAAUUAUAUUUUGAACUGCCAGAUUAUUUUUUAUCCAUUUCUGUAUAAUUUAUAGCGCCUGUUUGCAAAUACUAUGUUUGAUUUAAAAA